AUGGAGGCCGUGGAGGAGGCGGCGGUUCUCAUCGUCGGCGCCGGACCGGCGGGCUUGGCGACGGCGGCGUGCCUUGCCAAGCAGCGUGUCCCCUGUGUCAUCGUCGAGCGUGAGUCCUGCAGCGCGUCGCUGUGGCGCUACCGCGCGUAUGACCGUCUCAAGCUGCACCUCGCCAAGGAGUUCUGUGAGCUGCCACACAUGGCGUACCCGGCUGGCACGCCGACGUACGUCCCUAGGGAUAGGUUUGUGGAGUAUCUAGAUAGCUAUGCCGAUCGGUUUGGGAUUCGGCCGAGGUACCACACCGCCGUCGAGUCGGCAAUGUAUGAUGGAGGCAAGAAGCAUUGGUCUGUUUUGGUACGGGAAACGGACACUGGUGCUGUUGCAAGGCUUGUUGUGCGGUUUCUUGUCGUGGCUACCGGUGAGAAUAGCAUGCCAAGCAUUCCACUGGUCUCUGGCCUUACUGGGUUUGAGGGCAAGGCCAUCCACUCGUCGGAGUAUAAGUCCGGAAGAGACUAUUCUAGAAAGAGUGUGCUUGUUGUUGGUGCUGGGAAUUCUGGCAUGGAGAUUGCCUAUGACCUUGCCACGCAUGGAGCCCACACCUCCAUAGUUGUUCGUAGUCCGGUACACAUAAUGACCAAAGAACUAAUACGCUUUGGGAUGAAUAUGGUGCAAAAUCUAGGGCUACCAGUAACCAUAGUGGACUCUCUUCUUGUGAUGGCAGCAAAGUUCAUUUUUGGAGAUAUGUCAACUCUUGGUAUUACAAGGCCUAAAAUAGGUCCUCUCUUAAUGAAGUCACAAACAGGCCGAUCUUCCGUCAUUGAUGUUGGCACCGCAAAAUUAAUCAAAGGAGGGGUUAUCAAAGUGUUCCAAGGAAUAUCAAAGAUAAAUACAAACAAUGUUGAAUUUCAUGGUGGGAGGCAGGUUCCUUUUGACACUAUUGUGUUCGCCACAGGCUACAAAAGUACAGUUAAUAUGUGGCUAAAGAAUGGUGAAAGCAUGUUUACAAAGGAUGGUUUCCCUAAAAAAAGUUUUCCAAACCAUUGGAAAGGCGAAGAUGGGCUCUAUUGUGCUGGAUUUGCGAGGAGAGGACUGGCUGGUAUUGCCAUGGAUGCCAUGAAUAUUGCUGAUGACAUCGUCACCACCAUGGAUCAAGUGCCUCGUUAA